CGGGAAAGUUUUUGUCGCGAUGUUGUCGGUGUGAAUCCGUCCAGCGGUGUGUGCAGGUCAGAGGAGCUUCGCCCCCCCGUGUGUUUAUUGAAACCUACAAAAUAUGGCUGCAUUUGGGGAAACUGUGCCCUGAUCCUGAAGAAACAUCUUCUGACUCAGUGAGCCAAAGACGACCCUCUCCCGACUCAUGAUGGGACCCCUCCCCGCCUACAUUCCCGCAUUCCUCCUCCUCUCCCUGGUCCUUGUGUGUGACCCCUGCGCCUCCUACAGUCCUGCACUUGUGCAUCGAGGUCAGAGCCAGGAACAGUUUCACGAAAGUCCCAAUACAUCAUAUUCCGGCAGACGGUCGUGCCCUGGCACUGUGAUCUGUCAGCCCGGGAUCCUGCUCCCAGUCUGGCUUCCGCUGAACCCUCCGCCUGGGGAGCAAGCUGGACGAGCGGUCAUCUACUUCUUGAGCCUCAUGUACAUAUUUCUGGGUGUAUCCAUCAUCGCGGACCGCUUCAUGGCUUCAAUAGAAGUCAUCACAUCUCAGGAAAAAGAAGUGACCAUUACAAAACCCGAUGGAGAGAGGACAGUGCACACAGUGCGGAUCUGGAACGAGACGGUGUCCAACCUCACCCUCAUGGCUCUGGGCUCCUCUGCUCCAGAGAUCUUGCUCUCUGUCAUCGAGGUUUGUGGACACGGCUUCAACGCUGGCGAUCUCGGCCCGGGCACCAUUGUGGGCAGUGCCGCCUUCAACAUGUUUGUUAUCAUCGGUUUCUGUGUGGUGGUCAUCCCUGAGGGAGAGACCCGGAAGAUCAAGCACCUGCGAGUGUUCUUCAUCACAGCGUUCUGGAGCAUCUUCGCCUACAUUUGGCUCUACCUCAUACUGGCUGUCAUCUCCCCUGGAGUUGUAGAGGUUUGGGAGGCCAUAGUGACCCUGCUCUAUUUCCCUGUGUGUGUGCUCUUGGCCUGGAUCGCUGAUCGUCGCCUACUCUUCUACAAAUACAUGCACAAGGAGUACCGAGCUGACAAGCGGCACGGCAUUGUGGUGGAAAUGGAAGGUGACACGGAGCCCAAAGGCAUUGACGUGGUGGUGGACGGAAAAAUGGCAGACGGAGCGCCGUGUGCUGGCAACUCAUCCAGCGUGACCGUGUCUGUGCAGACGGGCCACGAGCUGGAUCAGAACAAAGACGAGGUGGUCCAGAUACUAAAAGAUCUUAAGGUCAAACAUCCAGACAAAGACCUCGACCAGUUGAUCGAGAUGGCCAACUACUCCGCUCUGGUCCAUCGGAAGAAGAGCCGGGCCUUCUACAGAGUUCAAGUAACACGCAUGAUGAUCGGGGCUGGGAAUAUUCUACGGAGGCACGCAGUUGAGCGGGCCCGGCGCUCCGGAGUGCAGGGCAGCGACAAGGCCACAUGCUCACACAUCUGCUUUGAAAGUGCCCAGUACCAGUGUACGGAGAACUGUGGGACCCUCAGCCUCUGGGUGGUCCUGGACGGUGGCGAGGGCCUGAACACCUUCUAUGUGGACUACUGCACAGAGAACGGUUCUGCCAAUGCUGGAGCCGACUACGAGUUCAGCCAGGGAACGUUGGUGUUUAAGCCAGGGGAGACCAAGAAAGAAAUUAAGGUAGGAAUCUUGGACGACGACAUCUUCGAGGAGGACGAGCAUUUCUUUGUGCGUCUUCAGAACCUCAGAUUAGAGGAAAGUGGUGCUGAAGGGACUGGCACGCCGCCCAAGGCGCGGCUGGUGGAGCCGCAGGUUGCCACGGUCACAAUCUUGGACGACGACCACGCAGGCAUUUUCACUUUCAGUCAGAAGGUCCUGCAGGUGAGUGAGAGCACGGAGAGGCUGGCAGUGACCGUGGUCAGGAACUCCGGCUCAAGAGGAACCGUCGCCGUGCCGUACCACACCGUGGACGGCUCCGCCAGGGCUGGAGUGGACUACCAGCAGGUCGCUGGAGAGCUGAGCUUCGCCAAUGAGCAGACUAGUCAGACAAUUGAAGUGCCGAUCAUCAACGUCGGGGAGCCAGAGAAGAGGGAGAACUUCUUUGUGGUGUUGGAGGAGCCCAAGUGGUUAAAGAGAGGUCUUUCUGCUCUUCUGCUAAAUCAGGGCAAACCCAGUCCUGAGGAGGAGGAAGCCAGACGCAUCUCAGAGAUGGGGAAACCCAUUUUGGGAGAGCACAGCAGGAUUGAGGUCAUCAUUGAAGAGUCCAGUGAGUUGAAGAGCACUGUUGAAAAGCUCCUGACAGAGACCAACAUGGCUGUUGUGGUGGGCUCCCAGUCAUGGAGAGAACAGUUCAUCGAGGCUGUGACUGUCAGCGCAGGGGACGCAGACGAGGACGGGCAAGAGCAGAGACUGCCGAGCUGCUUCGACUACUUCAUGCACGUCUUUUGCGUUUUCUGGAAGAUACUGUUUGCCUUUGUCCCGCCGACGCAGUACUGGAACGGCUGGGCCUGUUUCAUCGUGUCAAUUUCCAUUAUUGGUAUAUUAACAGCCAUUAUCGGAGACCUGGCAUCUCAUUUUGGCUGCACCGUUGGCCUGAGAGACUCAGUGACUGCUGUCGUGUUCGUGGCUCUGGGGACUUCACUUCCAGACGCCUUCGCCAGUAAAGUGGCUGCAACUCAGGAUCCAUAUGCGGACGCAUCAGUUGGAAACGUGACCGGAAGUAAUGCUGUUAAUGUGUUUCUGGGCAUUGGGGUGGCUUGGUCUAUAGCUGCCAUAUACCAUCAUAUCAAUGGACAUGUUUUCCAAGUGGAACCCGGUUCACUGGCCUUCUCCGUCACACUCUUCACUAUUUUUGCCUUCAUCGCAAUGGGCGUGUUGCUGCUACGCCGGAGACCGUCCAUAGGUGGAGAACUCGGGGGGCCUCGGGUCCCCAAAGUCCUCACCGCACUGCUUUUCUUUGGACUUUGGUUUCUCUAUAUUCUCUUCUCCAGCUUGGAGGCCUACUGCCAUAUAACAGGCUUCUAAAGGACAAAGCUGGGAGAGUGUGAAAGGAACGACACACACCUGUCCUCUUGACACUUCACAACCGCUGCCAUGGUUCGGUUCAAACAUUUGCAGGUACAAGCUUCGACUAAAGCUGACUAGCUUUAAAUCUUUAUGGUGAAAGUCUGGCUGGGGCGCCUGUGUUCAGUCAGGUUUUUAAUGUUACAUUCCAUAAUUAAGUCACAUGAAUACAUCACUGAAACAGAAAUUAACAUCUUGAUUUUUUUUUUUCUGACAGCCAAGUUUAAUUUCAGCCCACUUUUAUUGAAACAAAUGUACUCGUUUUAUCAGCAUAAGAAAAAAUACUUACCUUUUUGAUUCCAAUCAUGUAAAUGUCGAUAGCUCUCUGAUGUUCUUGUCCAAGUGUUGCUAAUGUCUGGCUUCAUCUAUUUUAAGUAUUAAUUGUUUUAAUGACUACGAACAUACCGUGUCAUGGGACGUUUGAUGAACAAAAUGUGUUGCACAAUGAUAAUGAAACUGCCAUUUAAGUGUUUCAAAGUGUUGAUUCCUUCACCCCUGAGUUUUCAUUCUGUUUAUCACUUGUAUCAUUUGUUGUCAUUUGUAUUUCCAUGUACAUGAACUGGAAAGAAGGUUGUUGUCAUUUAUUGUCAUUAUAUUUUGAA